AUGAACCCAGGGCAACAGCAACAGCAGCAGCAACAACAGCCACGAGGCCAAAGAAAAGCAUCAGUCGCAUGUGGUGCCUGUAAAUACAGGAAAACUAAAUGCACAGGUGCUAGCCCUUGCGAUGCAUGCGCAACCCGAGGCACUCCAUGUAUCUACGAUGUGACAACAGAUCAGCGCAGGAAAAUUGCAAACCAGCGCAACAUUCAGCAUCUGGCUGAAACUCGGUUGGUCCUUGAAAGAUAUCAGCAACUCAUUGGUGGCAUUGUCGCCAUCCUCCGAGCCGACGAUGACGGUCUCGCACGAGACCUCGUAAAUGCUAUUCGUUCUAAUACCGACCUUUCCCAAUUGGCAGCGCAUGUUCGAAAUGUGCGGAGGGACAUGCCCAACGUUGAGCAUGCUUUCUCUCAGAUCAAUUUCUCGAUAGAAGACACUGAGGAGCGACAAUCGUCUUCAGGUCUGACCGACUUUGACGGGCAACCCGAUCCCAGUUUGCAGAACGGCGAACGCUCUCCUACAGACCGGUCCCACGGGGGGUCGCCCCCAUAUCCUCGCAAGAAGCGUAUCAGGACAGGUAGAAUAGAAGACAUGGUCAACCCUCCUGUCUCCAUCCCUGCCAAGCCUUGGACAACCGUCACUGACGACGACGAUUUUGUUUCGCAUUUGAUAUCUUUGUGGUUCACCUGGGCCCAUCCUUGGUGGCAUUGGGUAGACGAGCACGUCCUUCUGGAAGCUAUGCGAAAUGGUGAUGUGAACGACCCCAUCUGCUCUCCGUUCCUGGUAAACAUGAUUCUUGCUGAUUCUUGCCUCCUGGAUGCUCUCGACGAGAACGAUAGUCUCUCGAAUACCGAGCUUCGCGAUCAAUUCUACGCCGAGGCUUUGAAAGGCUUGGACGCGGCCGAUCAUAGAACCUCCUUGCUGACUAUAGUGCAAACCAUGGGUGUACAAUGGACAUACCUUGUUACAAAUGGUCAGGACAAGCAUGGUCAUACAGUCCUACACGAGCAGCACAAGAAAUCCAAAGACCUGGACCAAUGGCGAGCCAACAUCGAUCGUGAAGGUCUGUACUCCGCCGCCGAGCUGGCGAAGAUCGACACAUGCUUGGACAAUUUGGCUUGGACGAUGUUUGCUCUUGAUACAAUAUCGUCCAUGAGCUCUGGAGAGAUGUCUCCUCCACCUCCACCUUCCAAACGUCGGCCUGCGAAUGAUCAUCGAGGCGACGGACCCCACACUGAACCUCGCGAAACAUUAUGGCUACCCUACCCUGAACAGAAAAAGAUCAAGUCGCCUUUCCAUUAUCAAUGCCACUUCGGCUCCUUUUUGUCGUUAGCAGAGGCUGCAGCUAAAGAUGAGUCUAUGUUGCCACAAGGUCAUACGAAAAACGAUCCGCAGAUAUAUCACGCAUUCUACAAGCGAUUCGAGGAGCUCGAAAAGUGGUCUCUGCCAUUGCCUCCUUGCAUGCAGCUUGGCCCGCAUGCUACUCCUCAUGUCAUCACAUUACAUGCAUUACAUUACUGGGUUAUGUUAAGCAUGUGCAAAGAGGUAGCAGCCGCAGAAGCCGGUCAUGCUUCACAGUCGAAGAUCAUGAGCACCGGAGGCAUCUGGCACGCUCGAGCCUUGAACGCAGCCCGUGCUAUUGGUAACCUGAUGCUACGAAUGUAUCGAGAGUGGGGUCACGACCACUUCCCCGUCAUAAUAACGCAGCCUGUAUCCUUGGCUCUAUUCGCCCUCCUCGAUCAUCUUCACGAGCAGGCUUCCCUUACGGCUUUUGUCAGUCUGUGUUACACAAUGCAUGCCGCAGCACGACGAUACAUGGUCGGCAAGGGUGUGAUGCGAUUAUUACAGCAGACUGCGUGGGAUCGUGGCAUACAGCUACCAAGCGAAGUGAUGCAUUUGUUCUACACACAUUCAAUUCAACAACCGCAUGCCUAUCCAGGUGCGCCACCUGAGAUUAGUGUUGAUUAUUUACUUGGCAAAUGGGACGACUUUAAUAUCAAAUGA